UGGAGAAGAACCCCAGAGGCAGUGCCCAGACAUCUCAAGCUCUCUCCCUCUCUUAGGGGGCUUUCUACCCGGGGCGAGCGGCCUGGUGGUCGCCAAGCUGACAGUGGCAUGUAGACAGAGCUGACCUGAGGCAGGGAGGAGGCGGAGGACGAGGAGGCGAAGGAGGAGAUGGAAAAGGAGCGGGAGAAGGUGGUGAUCGGCAGUCAACGCGCUGCAAAUUUUACAUCCACAGCACGGAACUCUGCACAUGGUAGAUUGCCGCUGCAGAACUUUGUUCCCGAUGGACACCCAAUACGAUGUUCUAAACACAGUCCACGGCGACUAUGACUCCGAUUUUAGUGAUGAAGAGCCGACCGGAGGAUCUGCUGGAGGAAAGAAAAGGGCAAGCAGUGAAGAAUUGCUGCUCAGAAAGCCAUUUCAGAAAGAGAAAUUCGGACAGAUGCCACACCACAGAGUUGCAGCCAACGAGCUGGAUAGGGAAGAAGCAAGAAACAGGAGGUUCCAUCUGUUGGCAAUGGACGCCUACGCAAGGCAUAGGAAGUUGGUGAAUGAUUAUAUUUUAUAUUACGGCGGCAAAAAAGAAGAUUUCCGGCGCUCCGGGGAAAAUGACAAGACAGACCUGGACGUGGUCAGAGAAAACCAUAGAUUUCUGUGGAAAGAAGAGGAUGAAGUGGACAUGACUUGGGAGAAGAGGCUGGCCAAGAAAUACUACGACAAAUUAUUCAAGGAAUACUGUAUUGCUGAUCUCAGUAGAUACAAAGAUAACAAGUUUGGAUUUAGGUGGCGAGUGGAUAAAGAAGUAAUAUCUGGAAAAGGUCAGUUUUUCUGUGGCAAUAAAUACUGCGAGGCCAAAGAAGGAUUGAAGAGCUGGGAAGUGAACUUCGGUUACAUGGAGCAUGGGGAAAAGAGGAAUGCACUCGUUAAACUGAGACUUUGCCAAGAGUGUUCCUUCCGAUUAAACUUUCACCACAGGAGAAAAGAAGUCAAGCCAAAAAGGCAGAGAGCUGAAACGAAUACUGAAGCGUUAUCACUUAAAAAGCCCAGAUUAUCUUCGUCCAGAAAAAAGAGUUCCAAAAGAAAGGAAGACCAUGAACGCUUACCCGCGAAGAAAUCAGAAGAGGCUGGAAAAGAUACAGACAGCAGUGAUGAAGAAGAGGGACCUUCAGAAGCCGAGCUCUGGAAGGGCCCCGUUCCGGAGACGGAUGAAAAAUCUCAGGAGGAAGAAUUCGAUGACUAUUUCCAAGACUUGUUUCUGUGAAACAGGAGAACAAUGCCACCGAUUGAGAUGCUAUCCAUCGUUCCAGAUCCCCUUAGUUUAUUACGUGAGCCUGUCUUGCAAAGUGGGAGGAUACCGUCUUUAGCCAAUCCUACUUCUGUUUCCUCUCCCAUAUCGGGUAACUUCUUUUCCGUCAGUUUGUGGGUUUUGUUUUAAGGAAUUGUAUUUGUCGAUUGACGGUGCCACGAUGGUUAUCUUUAUGGUAAACCGUUGGAGAAAGAAAAGAUGUACGUUGGCAUAGCGCUGCAAGGCAACCACGGGUAAUCUCUAAAUAAUAAAUAU